GCCAUGCCGACUACGGGAGAGAACAUCUUCCUCUUUGUUCCAAAUCUGAUAGGCUAUACACGAACCAUACUCGCUGUUGUCUCGCUAUACUUCAUGCCUGUCCAUCCUCGCCGAUGCAGCGCUCUUUACGUAGCGUCAUGCCUUCUCGACGCGCUAGACGGCUAUGCCGCUCGCAGACUCAAUCAAGGCACCAAGUUCGGCGCUGUCCUCGACAUGGUGACUGAUCGAUGUACAACAACUUGUCUCCUCGUCUUCUUGGCAACCGCUAUGCCGAGGUGGGCUAUGGUGUUUCAGUUGCUCAUCAGUCUUGACUUGGCAAGUCAUUACAUGCAUAUGUAUGCUACGUUGAGUAUGGGGGAACAAAGUCACAAAAUAGUUGAUGCUAGGAGAAGCUGGCUACUGCAUCUCUACUACUCAAAUAUCGCUGUCCUAUUCACACUCUGUGCAAUGAAUGAGCUCUUCUUUGUCGCUUUAUACCUCCUC